UAAUUUACUCAUCUAUCACUGUUUCAUGCUUUUAAUAAGCUUCUUCAGAUUACACAUCUAAUUAUAACUAAUCGUAGAUCUGUUUCUUAUUAUAAUGCAAAAGUUGAUGCCUACUAAAGCAACAUCAUGGACUACAGCUACUCAUUCCAGUGCUUGCAUACAAUUUUAUAAAAUGCAUUUCAAAUUUCAGUGUUGCAUUUCCACUUAUUGUGACUUUAGUUUUUGUUUCCUCUAGAUCUACAACCACCUCACUUUAAUUCAUGAUUGUUAUUGCUGGACCAGGAGAGCGUAGAUUAUUUUGAAGACUUGAGUUGAUGCAUAUACCAACACUGCAACAUGAAGAUCCACUUCCUAGGAGUUGUCACUACUCUUUUGUUUGUAGUCCAUAAUCUUCGGGCGACAGAUGCUGAUUUGAGCUCUGACAGACAAGCUCUGCUCGACUUUGCUGCUGCUGUACCUCAUCAACGCAAACUAAACUGGAAUGUUUCUGUUCCAGUGUGCACUUAUUGGGUUGGUAUUCAAUGUAAUAAAAAUGGAACAAGAGUAAUUGCUGUCCAUCUUCCAGGUGUUGGGCUUUAUGGAUCCAUACCAGUUAAAAGUAUCGGAAAGCUUGAUGCUUUACAGGUUCUUAGCCUACGGUCUAACUAUCUCAUCGGUGAUCUUCCUUCAGAUAUCCCAUCUAUUCCUUCACUGCAAGCUCUCUACCUCCAACAUAAUAAUUUUACCGGUCAUAUUCCUCUAUCUUUGUCUCCUCACCUUACUGCAAUAGAUCUCUCCUUCAAUUCUUUUUCUGGAAUUAUACCACCUACACUUGAAAAUUUAACCAAACUUACCUUGUUGGACCUACAAUACAAUUUAUUCUCCGGAGCUAUUCCCAGUCUCAACAACACAAGGCUUAGGCUUUUGAAUUUGAGUCAUAACCAGCUGAAUGGUACAAUUCCAAAUGUACUGGAGAAGUUUCCAACUUCUUCCUUCAUCGGAAACUCUCUUCUUUGUGGCCCCCCUUUAACUAAUUGCUCUGCCCUCUCCCCUUCGCCUUCACCUUCCGCAGAUUCCUCACCAGCAGUAGCCAAACAUCAUGGUUCUAGGCAUUUCGGGAAGUUUGGCUUAGGAAGUAUUGUUGCCAUAGUGAUAGGGGCUGUGUUGAUAUUAUUUCUAGUGUUUGUUAUCUUUCUAUGCUGCUUUAAGAAGAAAAAGAGUGAGGUGAGCAUCGUGUCUAAACCGAAGGUUACAAACAACGGAAAAAAUGAAAAGUCUGAGGAGUACUUUGGAAGUGGUAUUCAAGCAUCCGAAAAGAAUAAAUUGUUCUUUUUUGAAGGAAGCACUUAUUCCUUUGAUCUGGAGGACUUAUUACGAGCAUCAGCUGAAGUUCUUGGAAAGGGAACCUAUGGGACAGCCUAUAAGGCUGUUAUGGAUGAAGGGACAACUGUAGUGGUGAAAAGAUUACGAGAAGUUGGCGUGGCAAAGAAAGAGUUCGAACAACAUAUGGAGAUUCUGGGAAAGAUUAGUCGGCAUCCUAAUAUCGUGCCACUAUGCGCUUAUUACUAUUCCAAGGAUGAGAAGCUUCUAGUGUACGAAUAUAUGCCAGCUAGCAGCUUGUCAGUAUGCCUACAUGGCAAUAGAGGAACAGGAAGGACUACACUCGACUGGGAAUCCAGACUGAAGAUUGCGCUGGGCGCUGCUAGAGGAAUUGCCCACAUACAUUCAGAGGGCAGUGUCAGAUUGACUCACGGAAAUAUUAAGUCCUCCAAUGUUCUUCUCAACAGAGAUCUCGAUGGCUGUGUAUCAGAUGCUGGACUAGCUCCUUUGAUGAAUUCUGUACCUGCCAAAUUUCGUGGUCCAGGUUACCGUGCUCCAGAGGUGAUUGAAUCCAGAAAAGUAACUCAGAAAUCUGACGUGUACAGUUUUGGUGUACUCCUGCUAGAAAUGCUGACAGGCAAAUCUCCUAUACAAAUCGCCGGGCAUGGUAAUGAUGAAAUAGUUGAUCUGCCUAGAUGGGUCCGUUCUGUUGUUCGCGAAGAAUGGACUGCUGAAGUAUUCGACGUGGAGCUAAUGAAGUACCAGAACAUCGAAGAGGAGUUAGUCCAGAUGCUUCAGAUUGCACUGGCAUGUGUAGCAAAAACGCCAGACAUGAGACUCAGCAUGGAUGAAGUAGUGAAAAUGAUUGAGGAGAUUCGACAGUGUGAUUCGGAGAAUCGUGCCUCUUCUGAUGACAACAACUCCAAGAAUUCGAAUGUGCAGACCCCAACCCCUUGAUUGGUUCAGUUUUCUGUGAUAUUUCGAAGCUUAGUUGUUUUGGUGGGGUGUUAGAAAACUAAACAUCUAUAGCAAGACAAUGCAAUGACUUUCCGUGUUGAAUGUAGGCUUGUUAUUUUCACCUAAAUUGUAGUAGGGAAAUCAAGAUGUGUAUUUAUGUUUUAAUAACUGAUUAUUUUCUGUUUUGAAUCUAGUAUUGCAUAUGGUUCUCUCUCA